CGGACGAAGCGAGCAGACAUGACCGUGGUGACCGAAGUGAUGGGGCUGGCGGUGGCCUUCACCGUGGUGGUGCUGCUGACGCGGCUCCUCUGCAGCUACCUGCACUUCAGGAAGCUGGAGAUGGCCAUCCCCGGGCCGCCCUCGCUGUUCCUCCUCGGCAACGCGCUCGAGUUCAUCUCCGUGACCCCGGACACGGUGUUGCAGACUCUGCUUCGGAUGGUAGGCGGCCGGAGGGAGUUGUGCCGUUUUUCCAUUUUAAACAAUCUGAUUGUGGUGGUGCAAGACCCGGAUGAGAUCAGCGAGGUGGUGCGCUGCAAGAAGUUCGACGACAAGUCCAGAUUCUUCUACGGCUUGCUCCACAUCAUCGCCAAGAAGGGCCUGGUGCAGCUCAACGGCCCCGAGUGGAAGGCGCACCGCAAGUGGCUCGAGCCGGGCUUCAACGAGCAGGUCCUGAACCGCUUCGUGGACAUCUUCCGCGAGGAGGCGAUGGGCUACGUGGACCGCGUCGAGGUCGGCAAGGACGUGGACGUGGUGGAAAACCUGAAGAAAGCCUCCGUGAGAAACUUCCUGCGCACCUCCAUGUCCGCGGACAGCUCUGAGUUCGAAGACCAGCUCAUAGACGUCUGCUCGUUUAUAGAACUCUUCUUGCGAACCGUUAACAAAAGGUCCUUCAACCCGGUCCUGUGGUCCGAUCGAGUGUUCGCACUGACUCCGCUUGGCAAGACAGUGCACAAAUACAAGGACGUUGUUGACAAACUUUGCAACAGGUUCAUAAAGAAGAAGCAGGCUGAAAUCAGAAACUUUAAGGGCGAUAGUGAUUACGUGCAAUCGCGCAAGACACUCAUGGACAUCAUGUUGGACCCCCCCGCGGAGGCGCAAGAGCUUGUGGAGGAAAGCGCCAUGCGAGACGAACUCAUCACGUUCUUCGGCGCCAACGUGGAGACGACGGUCUCAACGCUGGCCUGGAUGCUCAAGGCGCUGUCGCUGCUGCCCGACGUGCAGGAACAAGUGUGCGCCGAGCUGGACUCUGUGAUCGGGGACAGGCCCAUCUCCCUCGAGGACCUGCCUCAGCUCCACUACCUUAAUCGCGUGAUGAAGGAGGUGAUGCGCAUGCUCCCGACUAUCCCCAUCGUCGCUCGGCAGUGCUACGAGGAGACCAAGGUGUGCGGGCGCACCAUCCCAGCGGGCACCACCGUCUUCCUCAACAUGUUCGCCGUGCACCGCGACCCCAGGUACUGGGACAAGCCCGAGGUGUUCGACCCGGACCGCUUCCUGCCCGAGCGCAGCAAGGACCGCCACCCCUACGCGUACAUGCCCUACAGCAUGGGGCCCAGGAAGUGCAUCGGGGGCAAGUACGCCGUGAUGAACAUGACCAUCUUCCUCGCCACCACGCUCAGGGCCUUGGAGAUUCUGCCCGCCGACGACCACAAGGACCUGCAGAGCCUCAUCGACAACAUGUACUUCGACCUCUCGUCCCAUCUCGUGGGCGGAACGCGAGUCAAGUUCCGCAGAAGAAGUGCCAAGGCCGCCUGAAAGCCAAGUUAAGGGGGGACAUCACUCCAAGCUUCACCAGGAAAAAUAGGCGGAGUCACGUAAAAAUCUCAUGCUUAGCUCGUCGAGAGUGAAGAGAACAAAGAACAAUGUUUACGUUUGGCCGAUUUCGGAGAGCGUGUCCUGGAAAGGUCCUGCAGGACACUUUUUCCCAAAGCUAGCGGCCGAACCAACUACAACGACGAGAUUUAAAACAGUUAAAUAGUUUAAGAAGCGUUUUGUUCCUAAGGACGAUCAUUGGUACUUAGAUUUUUGUUUCGGGUUAAUUUAAUCUAAUAAAUAUAAAACUUCCUUUAAAUUAAGAAAAAACUUGCUGUUUGAAUA